AUGCAGAGGGCUGUUGUCGCUUCAGCCGUUGGGGCGCGGAUGUUGAGCGAGAUUGAGGAGGGGAGUCUUGAAGAGAUCCUAACAUCGCUACGCACAAACUUCACAACCCUUUCCAACUCCGACUUCAACGAUGCCACCCAUGACACCGACCCCGACCACGACGUCACCACCACCUCCUCCCAAGCCCAAAAGUUGAUCGCGCCCACAACCACAACAAAGGCCUCCUCCAUCAAACCGGAACCGAGACACUUCCCAAUCCCCUUCCUCAACGAGCUAGUCCAGCGGCAUUUCCGCGCAACAUCAACCGCCACUCUCUCCAUCACCGGCCGCCAUCAUGAACUGCUCUACCUCCUAGUCGCGACUUUGAUCGCGCCCCCGCAGUGCAAGACUGUCGCUAUUGUUGACUUUGAUGGGCGCUUUGAUCCGUUGCGGCUGCUCGCGACGCUUCCGUUUUCGUCUACCUCUACUGGCGCCCCUACGGGCACCAACACCAGUACCCGUCCACUUGAGCCGUCCGAUCUAGACCACGUCCACAUCCUCCGUCCUCCUCGCCGCUCAAACGUUCCUCUUAGUACUUACCUAGCUGGAAUAGAGGAGUACAUGGUUUACGCACCGCACAAAAGUCGGGAACGCGAGUGGUGGGGGACUAUAGUCGUUGGAGGCAGCAACAACAACAACCCCACGACAGCAGCAGCACCGGCGGCGGCGGCUCAGGCUCAGAUCCAAGCCCAGGCGCAAGUAGCGGUAACAGCAGGAUGGCAGGGCUGGUUGCGCGUGGAUAGGGCUGAGGUGACGACGGCGACGGGGACGGGAGCUUGGACUUUCCGGAAUAAGAGUGCGGAAGAGGCGAGGAGGGAGAGAGAAGGGAGGCAGGCGGCGGUGGAAGAGGGUGGGUGGGUGGCUAGUUCUGCUUGGGGGACUUUUGUUUUUGGGUCGGGGAGUGGGAGUGGACGUGGAUAA